GGGCGCGGGGCAUGGUCCCGGCGCCGGGGCCGGUGGCGGCGGCGCGGAGCGGGCGCGGAGCGGUGGCAUGCGGCGCGGAGACAUGCGGCUGUGCCUGCGCUCUGCCCCGCCGACAUGGACCGCCGCCGCCUGCCGCCGCCGCCGCCGCUGCUGCCGCUGCUGCCGCUGCUGCUGCUGCUGCUCCGCGCCGCGCUCGGCGCCGCCGGCCGUCUGAGCGCCCGCCCCGCCAACGAAGUUAAUCUGCUGGAUUCCAAAACGAUUCAAGGGGAGCUGGGCUGGAUCUCCUACCCGUCACAUGGGUGGGAAGAGAUCAGUGGUGUGGACGAGCACUACACCCCGAUCAGGACGUACCAGGUGUGCAACGUCAUGGAUCACAGCCAGAACAACUGGCUGCGGACGAACUGGAUCCCGCGCAACUCGGCCCAGAAGAUCUACGUGGAGCUCAAGUUCACCCUGAGGGACUGCAACAGCAUCCCCCUGGUGCUGGGCACCUGCAAGGAGACCUUCAACCUGUACUACAUGGAGUCUGACGACGACCGCUCGGCCAAGUUCAAGGAGAGCCAGUUCGUGAAGAUCGACACCAUCGCGGCCGACGAGAGCUUCACGCAGAUGGACCUGGGCGACCGCAUCCUCAAGCUGAACACGGAGAUCCGCGAGGUGGGGCCCAUCAGCAGCAAGGGCUUCUUCCUGGCCUUCCAGGACGUGGGCGCCUGCGUGGCCCUGGUGUCCGUGCGCGUCUACUUCAAGAAGUGCCCCUUCACCGUCAAGAACCUGGCCAUGUUCCCCGACACGGUGCCCAUGGACUCCCAGUCGCUGGUGGAGGUGAGGGGCUCCUGUGUCAACCACUCCAGGGAGGAGGAGCCCCCCAGGAUGUACUGCAGCACCGAGGGCGAGUGGCUGGUGCCCAUCGGGAAGUGUCUGUGCAACGCCGGCUACGAGGAGAGAGGCUUCGCCUGCCAAGCCUGUCGAGCUGGGUUCUACAAAGCCUCUGCUGGCAAUGUCAAGUGUGCCAAAUGCCCCCCCCACAGCUCCAGCUACGAAGAUGCAUCUCUGAACUGCAGGUGUGAAAAGAAUUACUUUCGCUCUGAGAAAGACCCUCCAUCCAUGGCUUGCACCAGACCCCCCUCUGCCCCGAGGAACGUGAUCUCCAACAUCAACGAGACCUCGGUGAUCCUGGACUGGAGCUGGCCGCUGGACACGGGGGGCAGGAAGGACGUGGCCUUCAACAUCGUCUGCAAGAAAUGCGGCGGCGGGGCCUGCGAGCCCUGCGGCGAGCACGUGCGCUUCCUGCCGCGCCAGAGGGGCCUCAGCAACGCCACGGUCACCGUGCUGGACCUGCUGGCACACACCAACUACACCUUCGAGAUCGACGCCGUCAACGGCGUGUCCGAGCUCAGCCCGCUCGCCCGGCAGUUCGCUGCCGUCAGCAUCACCACCAACCAGGCCGCUCCAUCCCCCAUCACGGUGAUAAGGAAGGACAGGACGUCCAGGAACAGCGUGUCCCUCUCCUGGCAGGAGCCUGAGCAUCCCAACGGGAUCAUCCUGGACUACGAGGUCAAAUACUAUGAAAAGGAGCAAGAGACAAGCUAUACUAUCCUGAGAGCCAGAGGCACCAACGUGACCAUCAGUGGCCUCAAGCCUGACACCACCUACGUGUUCCAGAUCCGAGCCCGGACCGCAGCUGGAUACGGGAGCAGCAGCCGCAAGUUCGAGUUUGAGACCAGCCCAGACUCGUUCUCCAUCUCCAGUGAGAACAGCCAGGUGGUGAUGAUUGCCAUUUCAGCAGCAGUGGCCAUCAUCCUCCUCACAGUGGUGGUGUAUGUCCUCAUUGGGAGAUUCUGUGGAUACAAGAAGUCUAAACAUGGCACUGAUGAGAAAAGGCUGCAUUUUGGGAAUGGCCAUUUAAAGCUCCCAGGGCUGAGAACUUAUGUAGAUCCACACACAUAUGAGGAUCCCAACCAAGCUGUGCAUGAAUUUGCCAAGGAACUGGAUGCUUCCAAUAUAUCCAUUGAUAAAGUAGUUGGAGCAGGAGAAUUUGGAGAAGUGUGCAGCGGACGCCUGAAGCUGCCUUCCAAAAAGGAAAUUUCAGUGGCCAUCAAAACCCUGAAGGUUGGCUACACAGAGAAGCAGAGGAGGGACUUCCUGGGAGAAGCCAGCAUCAUGGGCCAGUUUGACCACCCCAACAUCAUCAGGCUGGAGGGAGUUGUCACCAAAAGUAAACCAGUUAUGAUUGUUACUGAAUACAUGGAGAAUGGUUCCUUGGACAGCUUCCUACGAAAGCAUGAUGCCCAGUUCACAGUGAUCCAGCUGGUGGGGAUGCUGAGGGGGAUCGCCUCUGGCAUGAAGUACCUGUCGGACAUGGGCUACGUGCACCGCGACCUGGCCGCGCGCAACAUCCUCAUCAACAGCAACCUGGUCUGCAAAGUCUCCGACUUCGGCCUCUCCCGUGUGCUGGAGGAUGACCCAGAGGCUGCCUACACCACCAGGGGGGGCAAGAUUCCCAUCCGAUGGACCAGCCCAGAGGCGAUUGCCUACCGCAAGUUCACGUCGGCCAGCGACGCCUGGAGCUACGGGAUCGUCCUCUGGGAGGUGAUGUCCUAUGGGGAGAGACCCUACUGGGAGAUGUCCAACCAGGAUGUGAUUAAGGCUGUGGAUGAAGGGUACCGCUUGCCACCUCCCAUGGACUGCCCAGCUGCCUUGUAUCAGCUGAUGCUGGACUGCUGGCAGAAGGACAGGAACAACAGGCCCAAGUUUGAGCAGAUUGUCAGCAUCCUGGACAAGCUGAUCCGUAAUCCCAGCAGCCUGAAAAUCAUCACCAACGCCGCCGCAAGGCCAUCAAAUCUCCUCCUGGACCAAAGCAACCUGGACAUCUCAGCCUUCCGCAGCACGGGGGAUUGGCUCAAUGGUUUUCGGACAGGGCAGUGCAAGGACAUCUUCACAGGGGUGGAGUACAGCUCCUGUGACACCAUAGCCAAGAUUUCCACAGAGGACAUGAAGAAGGUUGGUGUCACAGUGGUGGGCCCUCAAAAGAAGAUUGUCAGCAGUAUCAAAGCUCUUGAAACUCAUACCAAGAACAGCCCUGUUCCUGUGUAAGGUACCAAAAUGAUGUUGCUCAGGAGAGGAAGAAAAGAAAGGAGAAAAGUUGCAGGUUAAAAGUGAUGGCUGACAAAGGCAGAAUUUAAAGGAGUUCUUUGCAACAGCUUUGGAAACACAAUGGUUGAGAUUUCAAACCCACAAGACACUCAAAUACUGAGUAUAAAUGCCUUAAAAAUAGGAGCAAACUUGUUUUCUAUCUGUUAAUCCUAAAGGGUGGGUGCUCUUGACUGACUGUUAAUGCAGAUAGUAAAUAUCAAAAGAAAAAAAAAUAUGUGAAAAAUCCUUCCAAGUGAAAACCAGUGUUACUAAAACCUAGAGCCAUUUGAAUAUUAAGUGACUGAAUAACAGAAAAAAAAACAUGGACAUAAAAGCUGUGUAUUUGAUCUAUACAGCAAACAAGAAGAAAGAAAGACUUGCAGUAUUUUUAUACAGAAGAGAUCUGUAACAGGUAUUUUAUUUCUUUAAAAGCAAGGAAAAUAGAGGACUAUACCUCACAACCUGUCUGGCCAUAUUUACUAUAAUGUCAUUGUAACAUGCUAUUUCAACUUCAGGAAGGAACACAGAAAUAAAGUUUGUAGUGACUUUGAGUUAGUUGACAAAAGGUUUUUACCAUUAUGUUAGCUUCCCUGUGUUCAUUUAAAUGGAAACAAGUCUUAAUUUUUAAAAGGCUUAUUUAUUUCCUUGAGAUUUUUUUUGUUUGUUUGUUUUUAUUUGGUUUUUUUUUUCCAUUAUUGUUUAUAUUUAUGCUUAAAUACCUUAACCUGGCUGUAUUAUUGCCAAGUGCCAAAUGUUAUCCAAACUUCAUUGGUUCAACCUGAGAAAUUGUCUGAGGGUUAGUUACUAGAUGAUUUUACACUCAUAGCAUAGCAUGAAAUACAGAAGGAAAGAAAGGUGAUCUUUUUUCCAGACCUGACACUAUGAAAAGCAUCUGGACCUUUGGUUUUAUUUUUGGGAAAUGAGAUUUCUUCCAUUUGCUGUGAGUGGUGUUUUCAGCCAGGCUGGGGUUUUGACAGUGGUGUGUGCAUUGAUUUUUAGAUCAGUAUCUGCCCCAACCAGCACAUCCCAUUUCCUUCCCCAAGGCUGCUUUCCUGCCACAACAAGGAGCCCAAUUCUUGGCUGGUGCUCAGGUGAGACAUCUGCCAAGAAAAUAGAAAGUAGGGCCAGGGUUGUUGCAUCCUCCUUCAGGUGAUGAUGCUUUUUGAGUUCCCUUAUUUUAAAGGAUGACUUAAGCUGUGAAUGAGGCUUUGGUGUGGAAGUUUACACCUGCCUGAGCUAGAAACCCCCCUGUAGAGGCACUGCCAUCCUGCAGGGGACAUGAAUUUUUGGCACAGCUUCUGUGGUUCCCAUUUCUUGAAAGAAAGCAGAAGGGAGCCCAAGUCUAGGAGAGCAUUCACAUCUCCCACUGGAAAAAGGAGAUUGGAAGGUGGAUUUUGGAAAGGGCCCUCCACCAUUUUCAGUGUCUUCCAAAGAGCUUCCCAACUCCUAAAUCAUUGCUCUGGAGCACAUCAGCCCCAGUUCUGAGCAGGCAUGACCCAUUGCUCUGAAAAUGAGUGGUUUUAACACAGUGUGAGCCACUUCUUGUGCUUCUUAAUGCUGAAGAUGUGAUGCCAGGCACACAGGCAGCAGGUCUUGGUCACCAGGGGAAUCAAUUCUGCUUCCCAGCCUGACAUUCUGAAAUCUAGAUCUGAUUCUGAUGAACCCCAGAAAGUCCAAGAGUGUGUGAGAGGCAGAUGAAAAAGUGGCACAUUGUGUUUUCUCUGUGCAUGCAAGAGCAGGUAAUGAGCUGUGCUUCCUUCUGUUGGCUUGGGGUUUGAAGCUCCUGGGUGUGUAAAUGAGGAAAGAAUCAGUUCCUAGUAGGGUUUGUGGGGCUGAAUUUGUUCUGCAUGAAUCCAGGAUUUACAAAAUGUCCAGGCACAACAUUUGUCACACAUUGCUAAGGAGAAGCAGAGUUAGAGGCUUUUUCAUGAGUGCUGGUAGUGGGCAUGCUGUAAAGGACUGGAUUUGAAACACACUCACAGCAUAAGAAUUACUAAUUCUUUCUAAAAGAGAAGUGAAUGGGUUUUAAAAUUAAAAUUAAAAAAAAUAAUAAAAAUUGAAGAAAGGUAAAAUAAAGCACUUAAGCUGUAAAGAACACUUCCCCUUAUCUGCCCCAGUCUAUCAUGAAAUGCAGCAUGCUGGAUAGAAAAGCUGUGUUUUGUGUUGCUUAGUUCAUUCAGAAUCUUCCUUUUCUUUGGGUUGAGAUUGCUCUAAAUCAGACACUGUUAGUGAAUUUAAGGCAGUGGCAAACACUGUCUGGGAAAUGCUUCAGGACACACAGACCCAGUUCUUAGAGUUUGAAACACUUGAAAACUUUGCACCAACCACCCCCAGUUUCCUCCUGCCACGUGUCCUGUCCUGUUCCUUGCCCACUGUUCAGGCAUGAUCAGCAUAAAAGAUUCAGUCUCAGUGAGGGGAAAACACAAAGCAGCUGGGUUUUGCUUUUCUUUGCUGUUAGGAGUAGAGAGUUUGGUUUUCUCUCCCUGUCAGAAGUUGAUUUGUACUGUAAGUGGCCUCUGUUGCAAGCAUCCUGUACUCCCUGUCCCCCUGUACAUAUGUAAACAUAGCAGUGUACAAUUCUUCAGUGUGGAGUAGAGAAAUAGAGGUCGUGUGGCCAUCUGCCUGUACAGGUUAUGGACAUCAAGCAAAAUGCAAACUGCUCAUAAAAAGACAUGCCAUGUUAUUGGGUUUGUACCUUCCAAUAUAGUUUCCAUUUUAUUUAUUUCUGUUAACAUAAUCUAGUUUUUUGUGCUGUAACUUAGCAUCCAAUAAGCAAUGUAUAGAUGUGAUUUGAUUGGCAAUAUGUAUUUACUUUAACUUGUAUUUCAAAAGCAUUACUUACUCAUUUAGAUUAUAUAUUGUGCAAUUGUAGAUGGCCUCUUACUAAUGUAAAAUGAUUUGUAGUGGAAACAUUUAUAUUUUUAUAAUAAACAUAAUGAAAGUAUUUUUUACAUACUGAAAUACUGAGGUGAUUGCUUGGAGGACAAAGUAAAUUUAUUUGAUUAGUGUGAUAAAAUUGUAAUUAAAUAUGGAUAAAUUCUGAGUGUUAAAGCAUGGGUCUGGAGUGAAAGCUAGAUAUUACCUAUAUUAUCUAUUAAAAGAAGCAAGCAGUGCAGGUUUUUACUAAACAGACCAGCAUUUGUGCAAAACUGACUUACAUCAAUCAAAGACUUUACUUUCUCCAUGGAUACUGGAAAACAUCAUCUUCUGCAGACUGCCUAUGGGAUACUGAAAAGAGCUGACAUUUAUUUUAGUUGUGUCAAGAAUUCCCAAACUUUUGCUUUUUUUUCCUCCCUCUCCAGUGGACCUCUUUUCAUCUUAUUAAUAUGUUGAAUCCAGUCAAAGAUGUACUUUUCAACAAAAUAAAACAGCCCACCACAUACUGUAAUUUCA